GAGAUUACGGAUGAAUUUGUCCCUUGUGACGUCUCAUCGUCGCCGUCAUUGGUAGAAAUGAGACGCGUGCCGAGCAACGGAGCACAACAAGCGCAAUGACGAAACUUUACUCGUUUAAUUCUGCGUGCGAGUGUCCCCGGCGCAACGAGUGGUGUUGUUGAUCGACGUCGGAUCGUUAACGCGCGUCGCGUACGAGCGCGUGGGCCCUCGUCGACGUCGCGGUUACUCUCCCGUCCCGAGUUUCGGGAUCGGUGUGUGUAUAUAUAUAAUAAUACUUACGCGCGCCGGUCGACGAUGUGAGUGUGUACACGCGAAAGACGAAAACAGGGCGCGAGAGAGGAGUGAGACGGAGAGAAUACUGCUUUUAUAUAGUCACGGCAAAACGUGUUAACGACGUAGUCUCUCGGCGGAAAACUCUAAAGAGAAAAACUCCUCUUCUCGGUUUCGACGGAGGAGAACCGGACCUCACCUGUUACAAACAUGCGGCGACGAAUCUCGCUUCUGAUCAUCUCCUCGACUGCGACGACCAAGACGACGACGACGAUAACGACGACAUCGGCGACGACGGCGAGGAAAACGUCGCAGAAGACGAAUAAUCGACGACGACGCUUACCCGCGACGGCCGCGUUCCUCCGCGAGUGAAUAACAAUUGUAACGCAAAACCCAUACAGACGCACCGGUGCGCCUUGCCGAUGAGCGCGAAUAUAUGGCGGCGCGAGUACUGUUGCUGAGCGUCUUGAUUACGGAAGUGUUGAAGCCUGCUUCUGUCGCAGUGGAUGUUAAAAGUAUUGGAGGAAGUAUCAAUGGGAAAAAUGUGUCAAAAACCGACGGCUCCGACACUGGUCUGACGAAAGCAUCCGAGUUCACAUUGGAAAUUCAUCCUAGCGGUCACGUAAUACUAGGAAAAAAGGGAAUCACGCUCACCUGCGUGGCUGGUUUGAAUAAAAACAUUUCCUGGUUGCAUAAUGGAAUACCGGCGCCUCCAUGUGGUCUGACUCGUUGUGUUCUUCUUCACAAUGGUUCUCUUCAUUUUUACAAGAAACAAAAUUUCAAAGAAAAGGAACGGAAUAGUAUUGUUAGUGUUAGAAAUCAUAAAGAUGAAUAUCGCUGUGUAACACGUACUGGUUUAGGAGGAUCGAUACGCUCAGCUCCUGCAAUUAUUCAAAUAGCAGAACUUGCCAAUGUAUUUAAAGAGUUUCCAGAAAAUAUUAUUGUUCAGGAAGGCGAAGUUGCACGAUUGUCAUGUUUGAUAGACAGCGUUCCUUUUCCACCCAAUAUUACUUGGCAGCAUAAUGAAACAUUAUUAUCUUAUCAUAAAUCAAAGUACUCUGUGGUACCACCAGGUGUUCUGUAUAUAAGUGCAACAAAACUGUCAGAUGCUGGCUCAUAUAGAUGCAUAGUCACUAAUGAAUUUUUAAAGAAGACUAAAAAGAGCAGAGAAGCAAAAUUAACAGUUAUUCCAAGAGCGGAAAGUAACAAAUCGCAUAUUUCGUCGUCCUUGUUUCCGCAAGUUUUGUACAAUCAUUGGCUGAUUGAAGGAUCAAAUCUUAAUUUGGCGUGUGCUGCAUCUGGUUAUCCAUCUCCACUCAUAACUUGGUCAUUUAUUCCUCGUUAUAAUAGUAAUGUUACGCAACCUCGCGUUCUUCUCAAUUCCACUACCGGUGUCAGUAUAUUGUCACUAACAAAUGUAAAUAUUUCCAAUGCCGGUGUUUAUAUGUGUUCUUCGAAGAAUUCUAUUAGUAACGAUUUAGAAGUACAGAAUAUAACUGUGGAUGUGUUGAUACCUCCGUCGUUUAUAAAGACACCGACAAACCAAGUCUGUCCAAAUGGAAGAACUGCAAGAUUCGAGUGCCAGGCGCAAGGAUUACCUGUACCUCAAAUUUAUUGGUUAAAAGACUCGUUGAAUAUUACUAUUAAUGGUCGUAGAACAACUUACGUUAAGAAUUAUAAUAAAAUAGAAUUAGCAAUAUCGGCAACUGUACCGUCUGACUCCGGCAUAUACCAAUGUGUGGCGGUAAAUUCAGCGGGUGAAAUCUGGGCCGCUGGCCGGCUCCAAGUGAACACAUCGCGCAAUAGUCCUGCUGCACCAACUUCAUUGAAGUGUCAAGCUCUAUCACCAAUUAAAAUCUUAAUUUCAUGGGAACCACCAAAGUCUCUACCAUAUACCAGUAUUACAGCUUAUACCGUCCAUUAUAGUGCUGUCGAAGGUGGCAAGGAAGAAGUUUCUCCACCAGAACCAGGGAAUUCUACGUCUGUAGAAAUAACAAAACUACUCGAACCAUAUACAAAUUAUUCAUUUUACGUACGAGUGUGGAAUAAUUAUGGUGCUAGCGAUCAAUCGGCUACCAUUCUGUGUUCCACUGCUCCGAGUGUUCCUAAAAGCGCACCGAAAUUGAAUGUGGAUAUAAUAAGUAGUACAAAACUAAAUAUAUCAUGGGAACCUUUAAGUAAGAAGGAAUCCCGCGGCAUCGUGGUCGAAUACAAACUUCAGUGGAGGCUCAACCAAUAUCCAUAUUCCAAAGUAGUUUAUUUACCCGCUACUGUCGAAUACUACGUACUCUCCGAUCUCAUACCCGGAGCACAAUACGAUCUUCGAAUGUUGGCAAAAACGAAGCAAGGCUGGCCGAAUAUUAGUGAAACACAGUUUGAAUGGGUCACUGUGACUAUGCCAUCUGAACACAAUCAGUUUAUUAUAAAGAAUGUGGUAGAUAUCGAAGUAUUAAUCGUAAAUGCUUCGAUAAUCAAAAUGAAAUGGAAGAUCAACUUUAAGCAAAACGAUCAAAUUGAAUCCAAGUUCGAUUCUUGGCAAAUUUAUUGCGAAAAUCAAGAUGGUGAAAAAUUAGCGACCAUUCUUUUACCGCAAAAUGUCACUGAAUAUCUGUUCAACGAUCUUGAUUUAAAUGUUUCAUACACCAUGGGUUUGUGUAUGGUGAGCUCAGGUGAAGCAACAGGUUGCUUGACAAAACACAUACAGACUGUACAAUCUAAUUCUAAUGCUGUACCAAUAUCUUUGGAAGCUAUUCCCGUCUCAUCUACGUCCAUUAACGUAACAUGGAUAUUACCUGAAGCGCGUGACGUGGACUCGUUCGAACUUUGUUAUUCCACGGUCCAAAAUACAAACGAAUCUAAAUGCGUUAUUACAGACGAUAUGAAAAUGAGUGUCGACAAAUUGAAGCCUUUCACCUUGUACCAGUUUAAAGUAAGAGCCAAACAUAUGAAUCAAAGCAGUCUCUUCAGCGAAUCUGUUGAAUGUUAUACAAAUGAGGAUGUUCCUGACCAAGUCGAGGAAGUGCAAUGGUUUUUGGGCAACAAUACGAUGCGAAUCGCGUGGAAGGAGCCGAGCAGUAUAAACGGCGUCAUACAAAAUUAUUUUGUCGCUUACACAAUGGACUCGAAGUCGACGACGACGUGGAACAACGUUACUGUGCCCGGUAACAAAACGUCGACGAUCUUACCGGGUUUAGCGCCGGGAAAACGAUAUUUUGUCAAGGUACAAGCGGCAACGAAAGCUGGUUACGGAAAGCCGUCGAAUACUAUUGUUAUUAUUACUGGUGGUGGUGGAAGUAACGGUGGAGGAACAUCGGUAUCUACGCCGUCCGGUAAUCAGAAACCGCCGCACAACGUGAAACCUGAUCCGAGUAUAGGUAUAGUUCUUGGAGUGAGCAUAAGCAUCGGAUUUAUCACGAUAUGUCUAUGCAGUAUAUACUGCCGAAGAAAGUUCGAGAACUCUCGUUCGUCAAGAAAUAACGUUCAAUCCGCGAAAGGACACAUAUUAUCGCGGAACGGAAACCGAUGUUGCACAGAACAGUCGUCUACUUCGGUGUGUCAGCAAGCGAAUGCGACCGGUGCCUCAAACGAAAUCGAACUGGCUGUGCUGUGUCCAACGUCCUCGAUCGAGACAAAUCCGCAGUCUGAUUCAAAGGGUAUACAAUCCAAUGGAAUCUUCGAAGUUUGUGCAAAAGAACCUUUGUUAUCGUCGUGGGAAACAAAUGGAGGCUCAAAGGAUGUUCAUAUUAUGGAGAAUCCUCAGUACAAAAGAAGAGGCAGUUCCGCCUCAACUAAUCAGCAGAGAGAGGAGCAAGAUCUAGAAGACACGCAGCUCACAAUAGUCAAUUGUACUUUAGGCAGUAGCACUAGCAGUUUAAAUAAUAACUCAGGAUGUCCGAACGAAGAAGCUUCAUCAUCACCAAAGGCCGCGUGUGCGUCUGUCCCGGUACUUGAACCGAAUGGGUGAAAGUGCGUUCAACACUUGUAUACAGGUACGCUAAAGUGUUCAAAUAUUGGUAUCGAGGUGUAGCAGGUAGGAAUACGCAAAAUCCUGCGCUGUGUUUCCUCUCUAUGCGUGAUCUUGAUUGGCGAAUCAAGAUGUGAAAAAGUGCGUGACGUUAAGAAGAUGCAAUUCUGGCACCAACAAAACAAAACCAAUGCGAGAAAUUGCAACAAAUUCUCACGCAGUUCGCCAUAAUUUUUGCUUACAAGAAGAACUAUUAAACGAUCAAAAUUAUAAUAUUGGUUUGGAAAAAUUUGUGUCUCAUUUUAAACUAUUAAUCGCUAUGUUAAUUACGAAUAUGUAGAAGAUAAUCUCUUUUACACAGAGAACUUGAGCGCGUCUACGUAAACGUUUCGAAAGCGAACCGGCAAAUUUGUUUUUUUCAUUCAUGACAUUGCGCACUGAUUGUGCAGAUAAUAUCUAAAGUGUUUGCUGGACAUGUGUGUGUACAUAUAGAAUAAUACAAAACGACAUUGACAACACGUUUAAGAGUUAAUAGAAGAUGAGAGACGAAAAAAUAUUUUCGCUAUAAAAUUAAAUUAUAAAAUAAAAUUAAGAACCAAUGUGGGGUAUGGUAGCUCAACCAAGAGAAGAUUCUGUUCGAUAUUUUUCUCUUUCUUCUCUCUUACAUGUCGAUGUAUUUUUCUUUUAUUUCUUAUGUCAUCUUCUGUUAUUUCUCAAACAGUUGUCUGUAAUUAUAUAUUUCAAAAAUUAAAUGAAGAGUCAGAACAAAAAAUAUAAAAAAAAGACAAAAAUUUAGAGACACGUAAAUUCGAAUAAAAUAACAAGAUUCUAAUGCCUCUGUGUGUAUAUAGAGUAAGCUAAUUAGUGAAUAUCCACAAAAUAUCUUCGACGAUCCUGAUGGUAAAGAAAUACAAGGAUGUACAUUCCUUUGUUUAGAAACGCAAAUGUUGUGAAACAGUUUGCCCGGGUGAAGCGUGGCCUAAGCUCAGUUGACGAAACAAUUUCGAGAAUUUACUUAAUUAAAAAAAAAAAAAAGAAAGCAGAUAUUGAUCAUUCCACACACACAAAUAAGUGUUUUCCAUUAAUAAUAUUUAAACAAAAAGAACUUUUGUAGUAUUAAUGAAAGCAGGGAAAGGCUCUAAACAGAUGCUACGCAUUUAGAAAUAUGUUAAGAAAGUUCUUUUUCUCUCUUAUCUUCCGUUGUUCUUUUUCUCUUUCUGUUUUUUCUCUUUUUAUUUUAAC